GCAAGCUUCACAACGCACCGGGUGCUAUAGAGUUCGCUCUGACAGCUCAGUGUUUGUUUUCGAGGGCUUUGGUACGUGGGUGAUCUCGUGGUCCAACUUUGACGUGCUGCGGAGGGCUGACAGAGAGCUGACAAGAUGGCAGCAAGGAGCACCUCCUUCGGUAUGCCCGACGAAACGAAGGACGAAACGAAAGAGCCCUCGCUCGCCGACGCCUGGGCCGACACGCUGUCAGCAAGGUCGUCGCCGGCGAGCCUCUCCUCGAAAAUCCACGACAGCGACGCGGAGCUUGAAACUCAGUCUUCAUCGGAGCUGGCCGAAGCCUGGACGAAGACGCUCCCGCCGCCGCCGCCGAAGAACGAGACGGGCGUGAAGCUGACGUUGGGGGAUGCGACGCGCGUAGGAGCACGAACCUUGUACACCUUCUACCUCGGCCACGCCGACCACGCCUGGACCGUGAAAUUGCGCUACUCGGACUGCGCUUCAGUUUUUGCGGCGUGUGCAAAAGUCGACGUGCCUUUACCAACACCGCCUCCCAAAACAUGGCGCCUCACGUGUCGAGGCGAGGCCGAGGCCGAGGAGCGUGGUAGGCAUCUAGCGAGGUACUUGAGUCGUGUUGUGGCGUCGGAGAAGUGCUGGGCGCUCUCAGCAGUCAAGGAGCUCUUCGGCGUCUCCACAACAACCUUCGACGAGGAGCUGGGCCCGUCCGCAAAGGAGGGCUGGUGUUUAGUUGAAGGUAGAAGAAGAUGGGUCGUGGCGAAGCCGCGCUUUCUGGCCGUGUACGAUGCGAGCGACGCUGAUAAAGAUGCCGCGCGAUUUGUGGAAUUAGAGUGCUCGUCGCACAAAGUAGUAGUGGAGGGCUGCGACGUGAGUGUUGGUAACUUAAAGCUACGGACCGAGGGCCGCGAUCGCGAUAGAAUCGCGCGGGAGUGGGCCGACGCUAUUGAAAGCACCAUCGGUAGGCGACGAACAUCCGCCUUCGCGCCGCAACGAUCUAAAAGUCGCGCGGCGUUUUUUGUGAGUGGUGCGGAGUAUUUCGGGGCUGUUAAAGAGGCCAUUGACCAAGCUACUUCCACUGUCUGCGUCGCCGGGUGGCGCAUCGAGCCGCAGACGCCUCUGCAACGAGAUCCUACCGUAAGUGUCGUGGACGUGCUAGGGAACGCGGUGAAGAGGGGCGUGCGCGUCUGCGUUUUAUUACAUCGCGAAUUGUCCGCGACGAUGCAGCCGCGCCAUCGAAGCGGAGAAUGCGCGGAAAUCUUAGAGAAAGUUGGAGUAGAGGUACUACGGCAUCCAAGACCGAUGGCGCGCCAGGCCUUCUGGACGCACCACGAGAAGGUUGUUGUUGUCGAUCAAUGCAGAGCAUUUGUCGGCGGGCUGGAUCUGUGUGAAGGCAGGUAUGAUGACCUGGAGAGGAGACUGCGGGACGAUACACUUGUGGGGCGGGAGUACUACCAGCCGUGUGCCGCGGAUUACACGAAGAUCGAUCGGACACAAACUCCGAGGCUGCCGUGGCACGACGUGGCAUGUCUUGUGGACGGCGGCGCCGCGUUAGAUGUGUUCCUCCACUUCGCGCAGCGCUGGGAGCACCACCGGAGGGAGCUGAAGAAGAAGGUGCCCGCGUUAUUGCCUUAUACGGACACGCCUCGUAAAGGCUUAGGACCGGGCGCCGAAUUGAUUGAUGCAACUGGUCCAAUAGCGUCGUGCCGCGUCGUCCGGUCAGCAGGUGGUUGGUCUUUAGGGGUGCCUACGGAUUCUAGCGCGGCGAAGGCCUGGAGCGAUGUUAUUUCUUCCUCAAAACAUUUCGUCUACGUCGAGCAGCAGUACUUCAUCACGAGCUUUGAUGACGAGUCUGAUUCAGAGGAAGAGCUCGACUACAAGGGCGCAUCCGUAUUAAAUGUGGCGGCGCCGCCGUCGCUGAAGCCCGGUCAAACGGUAGAAGUGCCGCACGGCGCGACGACGAUGACGGCCGUGGUGGAUGAGUUCGGACGACUGCGGGCGGUGGACUCUACACAACCGUCGUCACAGGGCCUGCUGCAGAGGGUGGGCUCGCGCAUCGGUGAUAUCAAAGAUGGCAUCGACUCCAGGAAGGGCUCGUUCGAGAAGGGCGUCAAAAAUAACAUUGGCCGAGCUUUAUUGGAGCGACUCCGGAGGGCCAUUCGUGGCGAUGAGACGUUCCGGGCACUUAUUCUACUGCCAUUACGGCCGAAGGGUCGAUUGCUGGAAGGAGACGAUCCUGCCGCCUGCGCCGUUCUCAGACAGCAGCGGUCUUGCAUCGCCGAGUUCCUCGGUAAACUUAGGAAUGAGUUUCCGUCCACCGACCUAGAUAGGUUCGUCUUCUUCGCGACGCUGCGGACGCACGACGUUCUACAAAACGGCCCGUGCUCCGAGAUGGUUUAUGUUCAUUCCAAACUGUUAAUAGUGGACGACGCGACGUGUGUCGUCGGUUCUUGCAACAUUAACGAUCGCUCGUUGCGAGGUGGUAGGGAUACGGAGGUCGCGGUCGUGGUCGACGGGCCUCAAGUGAAAGAGCUGAGGGUGAAGCUGUGGCGGGCCCAUCUCGGCAUCCGAGACUCGCCGCGGCCCCAUUUAUCACGGUCGUCCUUGGAUGUCACAGAUGUCAUAACGUGCUUUGAUCAAGUUGUGGAGACGGCGAAGACGAACGCGACGCUCGUCGAGGCUUGUUUUGAUUUAAGGCCCCUGGACGACGUCGCUACUCUCGAAGACGCGAAGUCGGCCGUCGGCCUCGGGUGUGUGUCCAGGCGCCUCGCGAACUUGGAAGGCGAGGCGCGGGAGAAAGUUGUGCGGGAAAUUGCGAACACGCUCGGGGGCGUCCGCGGCGACUUGUGUGCUUUCCCUGUCAAGUUCUUGGGCGCGGACGCGCUCGCCCCGCCGUUAUUAGGAAGGCUUGUUGUUGGUAGAAAACUGUUUCAAUAA